UGAAAUUCGAAUUGCCUUUUAUAGGCGAUUACAAAUGGUAACUGCCGAACAUAAUAAUGACUAAAUUAAUUACAACAUUAAUACAGAAUUAAACACAUAAUUAAGUCGCACAUUAAUUGUUGGCCGUUACUCUUCUUGGCUGGCAGGUCAGCCUGGCUGGCAGGCUGGACGCUUGAGCUCCCUCCUGCUGGACUGGAUGGUGGGCUUCCCGCUAGGCUGGAGGAAGGCUUCUGACCGGGCUGGAGGCAGGCUCCCGGGUAGGCUGGAAGGCAGGCUCCCGGGUAGGCUGGACCGCAGGCUUCCAGUUGGGCUGGACCGCAGGCUCCCAGCUGGGCUGGUGGUCGGCAGGCUCCUGGCUAGGCUGGAAGGCGGGCUCCCGGGUAGGCUGGACCGCAGGCUCCCAGUUGGGCUGGACCGCAGGCUCCCAGCUGGGCUGGUGGUCGGCAGGCUCCUGGCUAGGCUGGAAGGCGGGCUCCCCACUGGGCUGGAAGGCAGGCUCCCGGGUAGGCUCGACCGCAGGCUCCUAGUUGGGCUUCCGCUCCUUGAUUGCCCUGGUUGGUUGGGCUGACUCGAGCUCUGGGUUGCUGGGCUUGGGCCCGCUGGUCCAAGUUCGGGGCCUGGACCGAUUAGGCUCUGGGCCUAGUCCCAUAACCCCA